AUGUCCCCCCCCCCCUCAGCCCACACCAGCACCUUCAAAUCGACCAACACAUCCGCCCCGUCCGCCCCCGGCAUCCACGACACGCUCCGCCACGGCAUCGGCCCCAACACCUUAUCCGCAGAGUCCCCCGCGCCCGUCUCGCGCCACCCGCUCGAAGCCCGCCUUAAGGCCUGGGAGUCGACACAGGAGGCCCUGCGCAUGGAGAGCCUGCGCCGCACCUUCGGCAUGGCGGAGCCUAUCCGCCGCGGCAUGGAGCUCAAGAUCACGCGCAACGGCGAGUGGCGGCCGCUAGCUCUCGGCGGCGGUGCCGGUAUUAAGAGCGUGCAUGAGGAUAUCCUACGUGGCCGCGAGGCUACGCUCGACUGGGAGGAUGUGUUUACUGGUGAGGAGCAGCGAUCUGCUGUGACUAUGCAUGAGGAUGGAGCGGAAGUUGAAGAUUUAAGGGACAGUCCGGUGUAG